CCGUCAGUGCUGGCCGAGGGAGGAGUAUAAAUCCAGGAAGACAUCUUCUCACGUUAUAAUUUAGGUGUGAAAAUCAAUAUCUUUAAAAGUGAGAUUUGCAAUGUAAUUUUAUUUUAAUCUUGGACUAUUUGCAAUAAGUUUCAAUACUCUCAGUGUCAAGAGGAGCUCCACUUAAUAGGAUUAAUCGUCAAAUCCAGUAAAAUCGAUUAAGCUAUUUCUCGAGAAUGUCAGACACGCCCGAAGUGAAGGAUUUGGCGGUCCUCUUGACCCCCAAACUCGUCGGCCGAAAGGUCAAAGAGUGCACGACUAAGCACCUUACGGCUGUCGGUGACAACUAUGGCAGCACGAUGCUCUCUCUCAGCGUGACAAUGACCUCUUCGGAUGGCUCUGAAGAAGGCAGGCUGGAGCUGGUGGCAAAGAUGUGCCCCACUAAUAAAAUGCUCCUCGACAUAUUUCAAGUAAACAUAACCUUUACCAAAGAGAUGGCCGUUUACACUGCGUCAGUGCCAGAGUUUCUGCGUCUGCAGGAGGAGACAGAAUGUCCAGAGGAGGAGAAGUUGGACGUCUUCAUCGAGUGUUAUGGCUCAAGGGCGUCUCUGGAUCCAGAGAGUGAGUCCGUGGACGGUGAUGCUGUCCUUCUUCUGGAGAAUAUGAAGGUCAAAGGUUACUCUGUGGGGGAGCGAUCUAAAGGGUUUGAUAUGGAACACACAAAGUUGAUUCUGAAAAAUAUGGCUAAGUUUCACGCAGCUCCAAUUGCACUGCGGUACAAGAAGCCCGCGAUCUUUGAGGAGAAAGUCCGAGUACACCUCAAGAAGAUAGACAUUGAUGAAGGACUCACGAGUGAGGUUUCAGCUCAAAUGAAGCUGGCCCUAGAUAAUGAGCUGAAAUCCAUCCCAGAAGUGCUGCAAAUCUUUGAUCAAAUUGAUAGGCAAUUUGAAAUGUGCCAGGAGCGACAGAGGGACUUGAAUUAUUACGAGGAGAAUCCUUUCAACACAAUCUGCCACAAUGACUUAUGGGUCAAUAAUGUCAUGAUUGCGUAUGAUGAUUAUGGAAGUCCAACACGUGUAAAGAUCUUUGAUUUCCAGCUGAUUAUGUACGCCUCACUAUCCAUAGAUGUGCUGUUCUUCCUUUUCACCAGCGUACAAAAUGAUAUUCUUUUGGAGAACUUUGAGAAAUUCCUCAAAUUCUACUUCAAUGAAUUCUGCAAUAGUUUAAAAUACUUUGGAUGCCCCGUGGAGGAUUUUUCUUGGGAGAAAUUCCUUGACGAUAUCAACCGACAGGCGCCCUAUGAGCUCUACCAUCUCGUGGCCAUGACAAAGAUACUUCUCAUUGAUAAGCAAAAGAUGGCCCAGAAAAAUGAAAUUACUGAUGACACCUUCUAUGAUGCCGAAAUGGUCGGUCCAAAUUACUAUGACAAGCUGAAACUCAUUAUACUGGAGUACAAGAAGCGCCACUGGUUGAUUGAAUAAAAGCCCAAGCAACAGGCUCACAAUUUAAAAGCGAGAGUCGGAUACAGUAAUUAAUUUAUCGUACAAUAAACUCCUUCUGUGUAAA